AUACGGCUCAUGCGUUUAUCACACAGGAGCUCAAAAAUGGAAUAACAGAGCAGGCGCCGUUAGACCCCGAAAUCCUCCUUUCUCCGCAGCCGAAAUCCCAUCCGCUAUAUACCACGAGGGCCGCCGGUGAAUGAGAGGCAACAUGAUGCACUCGCUCCGCCACGCUCCUCUCCUCCACCACCUCCGCGCCAAACUCUGUGUCCCCUCCUCUUCCUCGGAACUCCACCUUUUUCUUCUCCCAAAACGCUCGCUUUCCCCACGGAGCAGCGCGCUCCGCUAUGGCUCCGUGCCGAAGCCUUUCUCGGGACUCCGCGCGAGGGUGAGGGCUAGGGCGUUUGGCACGGCUGCGGAGACUCUGGAAGAAGGCGCGGAGAAGAACGGCAGCUACUUCUUCGCGGAGGAGGGGGUCUCCUGGAAGUCCCUGGGGAUUUCUGACCGCCUCUGUCGAGCUCUCUCCAAUGCCUCCCUUCACAAGCCCUCCCUUGUUCAGGCUGCUUGUGUACCACAUGUUCUUACAGGAAAUGAUGUGAUUAUUGCAGCAGAAACAGGCAGUGGCAAAACACAUGGCUAUCUGGUUCCAUUGAUUGACAGACUAUGUUCCACAUCUGAUCCUUGUGAAGAAGCUAGUGCUUCUAAUAAACUUACUGAAGCACAUAAAAUGGUUCUGGUUCUUUGCCCUAAUGUGAUGCUUUGUGAGCAAGUGGUUCACAUGGCCAAAUCUCUGCUGAAUGAUUCAGGUGAACCACUUCUGCGAGUUGCUGCUGUCUGUGGACGAAGGGGAUGGCCAGUUGCUCAGCCUGAUAUUCUUGUCUCCACUCCAGCUGCCCUUCUUAAUUACCUCUUUGAAUUUGACCCAGAAAAAAAGCGCCGUGAUAAGUUCUUACAGGAUGCAAGAUUUGUGGUCUUUGAUGAAGCAGAUAUGCUUCUCUGUGGGAGUUUCCAAAACCAAAUUAUUCGUCUCAUACAUAUGUUACGUUUUGGGGAAAAGCAAUUGUCUGAGAUGGAAGAUUCCUCAAAAGAUGAUUCAGUGGAUUUGACCAAAGAAUCUCAUGUGGAAUUGGGUUAUGAAGACAACAAGGUUCAGCAGCUUGCCCGUGAUCUUGAGGAGGAAGAAGCUGAUGUUGGUGAUGACCUUGAAUUUUUUAAAACUGAGGACACCAGACAUGAGACUAGCAGCGUAAGGGACUGGAGGAGGGUGAGAAAAGUUUAUAGACGCAGUAAGCAGUAUAUUUUUGUUGCUGCUACCCUUCCUGCAAGUGGCAAGAAAACCGCUGGUGGGGUGCUUAAGCGAAUGUUUCCUGAUGCAACUUGGGUCAGUGGCAAUUAUCUUCAUCGUCAUAAUCCUAGAUUGGAGCAGAGAUGGAUAGAAGUUACAGCUGAUACACAGGUAGAUGCUCUUCUAGAUGCUGUGAAAUGUAAUUAUGACAUUAAACUCCGAGAUUCUGAUGCUGGUACAAGUCGAACGAUGGUGUUUACAAAUACAGUUGAUUCUGCUGAAUCAGUUGCUGAAAUAUUGCAAAGAGUUGGUAUUGAGUGCAUAUUGUACCAUAGUGAAAGCUCACUAGAGGAAAGAACAAAAAAUUUGAAUCUUUUUCGGGAAAAUGGUGGGGUGCUUGUCUGCACAGAUGCUGCUGCUCGUGGUCUUGACAUACCCAAUGUUUCACAUGUAAUUCAGGCGGAGUUUGCAACCUCUGCUGUUGAUUUUUUGCAUAGGGUUGGUCGGACAGCCAGAGCUGGUCAGUCUGGAAUUGUUACAAGCUUGUAUACUGAAUCAAAUCGAGAUCUUGUAUCUGCUGUGCAACGGGCAGAGAGGAUGGGUGAGCCUGUGGAGAAAGCAUUUAGCAGGAAAAGGAGCUUCCGUAAUAAGCUUAAGAAAAAAGGUCGAAGUGAAAAAUGCGCCUUGAGUCCUUGCGAUAUUUGAAUCAAAACCGAGACAGGGCAAACACUUGUUGUAUAGGUUGUAGUGGUAGAACCUGAGAUAUUUAUAUAGAGUAGUCUAUGGCCUUGUGAUCUGAAAAUUUUGACCAUGUAAAGUUCUCAUAAAAUAAAUUAUGUGAGUUUUGUUGUGUACAAUCUGUACAACAGAGCAUGAUUAUUGGUUCCUAUUUGGUGGAAACCGCAAAACUAAUGCUUUCGCAAAUAUGAAUGUUCCACUUAGGUAGACUUUGUUUAGGAAUCCAAACGCAAAUGAUACAAAAAUAAGAAAAAUUCAUUCUGAAUUUUCUUAUACACUUAGAUAUUUGGAUCCAAGUACAUAUGAAUCCAUACUAUAUGUUUUGAAUA